CACCAAAACCACUUGAACCGUCGAGAACAGAUAAAAUUGCAAGCCAAAGUACCGUAUAGAAAAAAUACAGAGCAACGGCGGUGGGAGCCUGCUGGAAACACAAACAAAUUGUGGCGCAGGGCCGAGAGUGAGGCGGAGAUUGAAUACAAUCUCACCGCUCGCCUUAUUUUUUCUAUUCCGCCGCCAAUUUGCUUGACGACGUUUCAAGCAUGUCGCAGUCGUCGUCAGCGUGGACAGAGCCACCCUGGUCGGGGUGGAUAGAAACGACUGGGGAUGCUCUGCUCAUCCUCGAAGCCGCUCGUCGAGGCCUGAUACCACGGGUGACCCGUCGCUUAGUCGAUGCUGAACGCAAGAUGAUCACGUCGGGGUCUGUAUUCGUAUUCGACGAGGAUGAGAGUGGCAUCAAACGCUGGACCGAUGGGUUCUUCUGGAGUCCGAGCCGAAUUUUGGGUAAUUUCUUGCUAUAUCGCGAGACAGACAAGAGAGGGCCCAGUCAUCGAGGGCGUGGCGACGAGCAGCAGCAGGAGACAGACGAUUUUUCAACGGAUAAUCCAGCCAAUAGGCGCCCUCGGACGGACGGACGUCUACUCAGUGUUGCUAAACAUCGUGAACGGAGUUUGGUCGGAAGUCUGACGAAUAGCUACAAGUUCAAGCCGGAUGGAUUAAUGAAAAAGACUUUUUCUUUGAAUAUCGGAGGAGUAGCGCAGCACCUGAUAUCCUAUUACAAGGUCGAAGACGUAGAAAAUGGCCGACUGCGCUCGCCUUCAUCUCUGCCAGAGCUUGCAUCGCUCGACAUCAGCCCAGAAUAUCUCGACAAGACACACUUUCGUAAUCCACCAAAGGUCGAGAUAGGCGCUGAUGGAAUACCGCGGUACCGCGGUGACGCAGACGACAUUGAUACCUCUCCAACGCUAUCACCCACAUCAAUCGCAGGACUGCCGCUGCUGAGUGAUGCUCAUAUCAUUGAAGGCAACAAACGUUCUGGCAAGCGGUAUGAUCCGUACGGUUCCCCUCCAGUGUCAAAGCGGCGCAAGCUGAACAAAACCGAGGAGCCAACGCCUAGUGCACCUCCAGAGCAGCCCCCAGAAACACCAACUCCCACAGCGCCUGUACCAGUAGCUGCUCCCGUUCCUGUUGCCACCCCAUUUCCAGAUCCUACUGGUGCCGCUACCGCUACUGCAGUUAUUCCGGGCCAUCAUUUGCCCCCAUAUCCGUACAACUUCUACCAGCUCCCACAUCCCCCCGUUUAUUACUCUGCUCCGGUGAAUGGGGUGUCGCCACCGCCGCCACCGCAGUCACCUCCGUACCCGGCGCCUUAUAUGCCUUACACACCACCAGCAGUGAUAACAGCAGAUCCAAGUCAACCGGGGGUGCCGCCCCAACCUCAGUAUUAUUCGUAUUACCCCCCGCCGGGGUAUCCUCCGUAUCCAAGUAUAUGGCCGGCGUAUCCUGGGUAUCCCAUGCCGCCCCCGCCUCAGAUGGUCCAGCAGCAGCAGUCCGAGUCUGCGGCCGAGCAGGGACAACAGGAACAGCAGCAGCAGCAGCAGCAACAAGUAGCGGUAUAGAGUUUCGACUUUGUCCUUCUAAUCCUCGUCUUCUUUCGUUUAUUUUAUUUUGUCGCGUUUUGCAAGUGUAUGAUUUCUGGUAUCUAACCCCGUCCUGUAUCUUGUCAUCUUUUCGUUCUUCUAUCGGCGUUUAUUGUAGUAUGGUUUCAUUUGUCGUGGGUUUGGGUUUGGGAGAAGUUUUGUUUUAAAAGCUCGUGUACAGUACUAACUUGGUGGAUUCGGUUCUUAACCCAGUAACUUAGCUGUUGGUGUUCGUACCGUACAUUAUAAUCUGACAUAUGCCAUUUUGUAUCAAAGUAGAAGUUUGUCGC